AUGACGAGGACAUGCUCGAAAUGUGGAAACAAGGGUCACAAUUCAAGGACUUGCUGGAGCACCACGCACUGCUACUGGAUGCAGCAGAUGAAUAAGCCGUUUGAAAGAAGAUAUGGUAAUAACAGUACUCUCAGGUUGUUUGGUGUUCAGCUUGAUCGACAUGAUCUCUCUUCUUCCCCCUCAUCCUCAUUAUCUGCAACUUCAACGAAAGUGAUCAAGCGUCAACGUUGGAGGAAGGACUACUACAACAGCUUGGCAUCAUCUUCUCCACACUUCACCAGCUUCUUAUCAGGAUAUCAAGCUAAUAAGUGUACAAAUAGGCACGAUCAGAUCUCUCGUGCCGAUAAUGGCGGCCUUCAAGAAACAAAUUACAACAAGAGAAUGGCAUGGAGUUUGGAGGAGCAUUGGAAGUUUCUUGAGGGGAUUGAAAAGCUGGGUAAGGGUGACCGGAGGGGAAUCUCUAAACACUAUGUCACCACAAGAUCACCAACCCAGAUCUCCAGUCAUGCCCAAAAAUACUUUCUCAGACUACAAAAUAACAUCACCACCAACGCUACUGCAACCAUCGACAACCUCCACAAGAAAAGACGCCGUGGUCGUCCACCCCUUUUCGAUGUCGGCGAAGAUAAACUUGUCUCACCUCGUCAACAAAUUGGUAUUAUCGCUAAUAAUCCCAACACUGAAGUAUCUGUUAACAAUCCAUAUGAGUGCUGGCCAGCCGUUCAUAAUUCGAGGCCUCUCCUAAGUGAAACUAAUUUGAAGAACGUCUCAUCAUCUCAGAGUGCAGCAGCAGAAGGAGAUGGACUUGACUUAGAACUUAAGCUUGCAACAGGCUAG